AUGGUGUGUUUCGAUCGACCGCAUGUAAAAUUCGAAGGAGUAUCAUCUACACAUGCCGAUUACAAGCCUCCGCCGCUCUCGGCUUUGUGGAGUGCGGUCGAUGGCCACGUCGUGAACAAGGUGGAGGAGCGAUUCCCGCAGCCACAGCUAGAAACCCGAUGCGGCGCAGGCGAGUCUGAGAGUCACAGCCGGUACAAAGCGCCACCUACGGAUGCGUAUCGUGCGGACAUCCUGCGCCCACGCUCGGAGUACUGGGAGGCUUGCCGUUUCCCGGACAGACAUGUGCCGGUUCAGAGGACAUCCUGCACCCAUGAUUCCUUCAGAGCGCCGCCAUUGGCGGAUCUGCGGCAGCCGGCAGCAGUGGAAUGCCACAUGCAGGGAGAGGAAACGAAAGUCUUUUUCAGUGGCGAGUCAACUGCCCAGGCAGAUUACAAGGCACCACCGCCAGACGUGGCGAGAUUGGCCAUGGAAGGUGGCAAGCCACCGACAAGGCUUCCCAUAGGUGACCCCAGUGCAAGCUUCGAGGGGCAGUCGAGAACUCACUGUGAUUACCAGCCUCCACCUUUGGAGGCCUUUCGUGUUACAUCGCCGCUGCCUACUCUUCUUUGCCCAGACAUGCAGCCCAGCAUCCCGUUCGUGGGGCAGUCCUCGAUGCAUGCUGACUAUGCAGCACCUCCAGUGGCUCCAACGGCUGCGUUUUCCGCGCCUGUCCCUUGCCGGCAGUCCAGCGCACAGGACAUUAUCCAUCCUCAGCCUAGCCAGAAGUCAGUGUCAACUGCGCACCAUGAUUACAAAGCCCCAGGCCUCGAGCAGUUGCGGCAGGCCCUGGUGCAAAGUGGCAUCGAGGCCCCUCCCAGUGUCAUGCCCGAAUUCCGAGCACCGCUGGGCGAUGCCAUGCCUGCUGUGCGGGAGCUGUUGCAGCCCACGGCUGGCACGCUGAACGAAUCUACAACGCACCAUGAUUACCGAGCCCCUCCACUUGGAUCAUGGUACCCAGACUUGUCAUCAACUCUUGACGGAACACUCCCGCUGCCACGGACACGCUUCCAAGGGGAGUCAACUGCCCAGGCAGAUUACAAGGCACCACCGCCAGAUGUGGCGAAGUUGGACAUGGAAGGCGGCCAGCCACCGACAAGGCUUCCCAUAG